UUUAUUGUUUUACUUUCUUUCUCUAACACGCACGCAUGGACAUUAUGCAAUAAUGUUAUGUUUCCUUCGUCUAAUUUACCAGAUUCAUGGUCUUCUACUUCUUGUUGUUCUUUUUGGUUUUGAAAGUAGUGCAAUUGAAUGUUUUCCAAAUAGUUAGAACUUGAAAAUAAACUCAUCGAUUUUGACCCUUUUUUUCCCUUUAAUUUCUAUAGAUAUGCAGUUCUGGGCCCUUUUAAGUUAUGAUAUAUUUAACAGGAUUUCAUUCAUUGUUCAUUUAAUCUAAAAACUAAUUAACUAUUAUUGUUUUAACUUAGUCUUGUGGCUGUUUUUUUAAAUUUUUUAUUAAUUUAUUUUGUGUGCACCCCUUUUUUAUGCUAUCUGUUUGGAUACAGUCGGACAGGCUGGUGAUUAGUAGGAACUAAAUCACCCUAGUGCAUGGUCUGUUUAUGAUUAUAACUUGUCCAUGUCUAUGUGGAUUCAAUUAUGUACUUCUGUGUUUAAUGCCAGACUGAAUUGUUGAUUCAAGGAUGCUUGUUGGAUUUUUUACUGAUUUUAUGUAAUUUGGGGAAGAAUUGUAAAGGUUAGUUAGUUCUCGUAUUUUUCUUGGCAAUUGGUGGAGAUGUCAAAUUUUGUGGGUGUUGUGGUCGAUCAAUGGCUUCAUAGCCAGUUCACACAGGUUGAGCUUCGCAGCCUUAAAUCUAAAUUACAGGCGAAGAUUUGCCACCUUUGAUGGCGAAGCUAAAGGCUUUUAGGGAGUUCACUGAGGAGGAGAUCAGGGGUAUUUUGGGUGAAUUGAAUUCUGAUUUGAGUGAAGAAAUUGAUUUUGAAGCCUUCCUGAGGGCAUAUCUGAAUUUGCAAAGUCGAACUACAACAAAAUCGGAUGGUUCAAAAAACUCUUCUUCUUUCCUUAAAGCCACCACAACUACUCUCCUUCACACAAUCAGCCAGUCAGAGAAAGCAUUAUAUGUCGCUCACAUAAACAGCUAUCUUGGGGAUGACCCAUUUCUAAGCCAAUAUCUUCCGUUAGACCCAGCUACAAAUGAUCUAUUUGAUCUUGCAAAAGAUGGAGUUCUUCUAUGCAAGCUUAUCAAUGUUGCUGUGCCUGGUACAAUAGAUGAACGAGCAAUCAAUACCAAACGGGUUAUCAACUUAUGGGAGAGGAAUGAAAACCAUACUCUUUGCCUCAACUCUGCUAAGGCUAUUGGCUGCACAGUAGUUAACAUCGGUACACAGGACUUGGUUGAAGGAAGGCCUCAUCUGAUAUUUGGGUUGAUUUCUCAAAUUAUAAAGAUACAACUGUUGGCAGAUCUUAACCUUAAGAAGACACCUCAGCUUGUGGAUCUGGUCGAUGAAAGCAGUGAUGUUGAAGAGCUUAUGAGUUUACCCCCUGACAAAGUUUUAUUAAAAUGGAUGAAUUUCCAUCUCCAAAAAGCAGGCUACAAGAAACCUGUUACAAAUUUUUCUUCUGAUUUGAAGAAUGGAGAGGCAUAUGCUUACCUGCUAAAUGUUCUGGCUCCAGAACACUGCAAUCCAUCCACACUGGAUACCAAGGAUCCUCAGGAAAGGGCAAAACUGAUACUUGAUCAUGCAGAGAGAAUGGAGUGCAAAAGAUACUUAUCCCCCAAUGACAUUGUUGAGGGCUCGCCAAAUUUAAAUCUUGCAUUUGUGGCACAAAUUUUUCACCAAAGGAGUGGCCUCUCCACGGACAGCAAAAAAAUUUCCUAUGCAGAGAUGAUGACAGAAGAUAUACAAACUUCUAGAGAAGAAAGAUGCUUUAGGUUGUGGAUCAACAGUCUUGGAAUUGCUACUUAUGUCAAUAAUGUUUUUGAGGAUGUCAGAAAUGGCUGGGUACUUCUAGAAGUGCUUGACAAAGUUUCUCCUGGAUCAGUUAUCUGGAAGCAGGCAUCAAAGCCUCCAAUUAAGAUGCCAUUUAAAAAAGUAGAGAAUUGCAAUCAAGUCAUAAGGAUUGGGAAGCAAAUGAAAUUUUCGCUAGUGAAUUUAGGUGGAAAUGAUUUUGUACAAGGAAAUAAGAAGCUCAUACUUGCUUUCCUGUGGCAGUUGAUGAGGUUUCAUAUGCUUCAACUUUUAAAGAACUUAAGAUAUCACUCCCAAGGAAAGGAGGUAAAAGAUGCUGAUAUCCUAAAUUGGGCAAACAACAAAGUGAAAAGUACAGGCAGAUCCUCUCAUAUAGACAGUUUUAAGGAUAAGAGUUUGUCAAAUGGAAUAUUCUUCCUUCAGCUUCUUAGUGCUGUGGAGGCUAGGGUUGUCAAUUGGAACCUUGUUACAAAGGGUGAAAGUGACGAUGAAAAGAGGUUGAAUGCUACAUAUAUAAUCAGUGUUGCGCGAAAGCUUGGUUGUUCCAUUUUCUUGUUACCUGAGGACAUCAUGGAGGUGAACCAAAAGAUGCUUCUCACCCUUACAGCCAGCAUUAUGUACUGGAGCCUGCAAAAAGCAGUUGAAGAGGCAGAGUCAGCUCCAUCACCUGCUUCUGCAUCUUCCAGUUCCACUAUUACCGAUGCAUCCCCAGCACCAUCAAUUAAUGGCGAGGAUGAAAUCUCAUCCCUUUGUGGUGAAGUUUCAAACUUCAGUAUUGAUGAUGCUGCCUCUGACACUUCCUCACUGGUUGAGAAUGACAUGGCUUCUGUGGUAGAUUGAACCAUGAAUUGCUAUAGUUUUUACCUCCAUAAGAUCAGUUUAGUUAGAAAUGAAAAAAAAAGUGAAUAUGUUUGCAGUUAAGUGGGUAGAUUUUCAGCUUCUCUUUAUGCUAAAAAAAAAAAAAAAAAAAACUACUUAUCUACAACAUGUGGUUGUAAACAAAAGGGAUGGAAAAAGAAAGAAAAAGGGAAGAAUUUUGUACAAACAGUUACUUUUUUUAGAUAGAAGGAGAGACUUUUCUUGCCACUGAGAGAAGGGAGGGGGGGUGGGGAAGAAGAGAAGAGUUAAAGAACAACUCUGGUGAUACAAAAUUUUCACAAACUUUUUUUAAUUGCUGAGAUGGUAGGUUGUGAAUUUGUGGCAGAUGAAUAAUAAAAAUAGUGUUAAUGGUGGACCUAUAUAUUGUGAAAAAAGUUGUGAAAAAAUGUGUUCAUAGCUUAUCUUAGAGACAGAUGUUGGCUUUACAUUUAUUUGUCUUCUUUAUUCUUUCAUUACUCAAGUAGGCUCUCCCAUUUUAGUUGUAUUCUUUUGAAGGAAAUUGCACUGGUCAUAAAUGAUAUAACUCAAAAAAGUUCAUUCAUACUAAGCAAAGAGUAUUUUUUA